UAUAUAGAGACCUGUGCUCCUCUCCCAUUUCCAAUCCCACAACUCUCUCCCUAUCUUCUACUCCUUUUCUCUCAUUUAAGAUUUGUAUCUGUUUCUGGUAGGUUUAUCGGAAGUUUAAACUGAUAAAUUAUGCCAACAUUGUGAGUUCAGAGAGUGUAAAAGAAAUCCCAUUUUGUAUCUACACGCUUACAUAGCAAAAACAGAGCACACAUUCAGUUUUUAUUUUGUUAAACAGAGAGUACCCGUGUCAAAAAUGGAGAAGUUUGUGAAACUCACUUCAAUGAAACCUCUGCUUUUGCUUCUUUGUCUUCUUCCUCUUGCUUUUGCUGGCCAUGACUAUGGCCAAGCUUUAACGAAGAGCAUUCUCUUCUUUGAAGCUCAAAGAUCUGGCUACCUCCCCCAUACACAAAGAGUCACCUGGAGAGGCAAUUCUGGUCUUAAUGAUGGCAAAGCCAGUGGGGUGGAUCUUGUUGGAGGUUACUAUGAUGCAGGUGACAAUGUGAAAUUUGGUUUGCCAAUGGCAUUCACAGUAACUAUGUUGUCAUGGAGCGUGAUUGAAUAUGGUAAACAAAUGGCUGCCACCGGCGAACUUGACCACGCCAUGGAUGCUAUUAAGUGGGGAACUGAUUACCUCAUUAAAGCCCAUCCUGAGCCUAAUGUCCUCUAUGGAGAGGUCGGAGAUGGAAACACUGACCACUACUGUUGGCAAAGGCCUGAAGACAUGACCACUGAUAGGCGGGCCUAUAAGGUUGACCCCAGUAACCCCGGGUCGGAUCUUGCCGGUGAAACUGCCGCUGCCAUGGCUGCCGCCUCUAUGGUUUUCCACCAGUCUAACCCAGCUUAUUCCGGCGAGCUUCUCCAACACGCUUACCAGCUCUUUGAUUUUGCGGACAAGUACAGAGGAAAGUAUGACAGCAGCAUUUCAGUGGCCCAACAAUACUACCGUUCUGUCAGUGGCUACAAUGAUGAAUUGCUCUGGGCUGCUGCUUGGUUGUACCAAGCCAGUGGCAAACAGUACUACUUGGAUUACCUUGGCAGCAAUGGUGAUGCCAUGGGUGGUACCGGCUGGGGCAUGACUGAGUUCAGUUGGGAUGUUAAGUAUGCCGGGGUUCAAACUCUAGUUGCCAAGUUUUUAAUGCAAGGCAAAGCCGGUCAGCAUGCUUCGGCAUUUGAGAGGUACCAAGAGAAGGCAGAGUUCUUCUUGUGUUCAUGCCUUGGAAAGGGCUCCAAGAAUGUGCAGAAGACUCCUGGUGGUCUAAUUUUCCGGCAGAGGUGGAACAACUUGCAGUUUGUGACCAGUGCUUCCUUCCUUUCUGCUGUGUACUCUGACUAUCUUGCUUCCUCUGGAAGAAACUUACGAUGUUCUGCCGGCAAUGUUGCACCGUCUGAACUUUUAGGCUUCGCGAAAUCUCAGGUUGAUUACAUUCUUGGAGACAACCCAAGAGCCACAAGUUACAUGGUGGGCUAUGGAAACAACUACCCGCGACAAGUUCACCACCGGGCUUCCUCCAUUGUUUCCAUUAAGGUUGAUCCUCUCGUCAGCUGCCGAGGAGGCUAUGCCACUUGGUUUAGCAAGAAAGCCAGUGAUCCCAAUCUCCUUGUUGGAGCCAUUGUUGGUGGACCUGAUGCCUAUGACAAUUUUGCUGAUCAAAGAGACAAUUAUGAGCAAACUGAGCCUGCUACUUAUAACAAUGCUCCUCUCCUGGGUAUCUUGGCAAGGCUAAACGGUGGUCACGGGGGAUAUAACCAGCUUCUUCCAGUGAAUGUUCCAGCUCCCAAUCCCGUCGCCAAGAAAUCGACUCCUGCUCCAGCUUCGUCGAAUCCAAUUGCAAUAGAGCAGAAGAUGACAACUUCAUGGGAUGCCAAGGGACAAAAGUACUACAGAUACUCCACCAUAAUUACCAACAAGUCGGACAAGACCCUGAAGGAUCUCAAGCUUUCAAUUUCCAAGCUUUAUGGUCCUCUGUGGGGUCUAACAAAGGUGGGCAAUGUUUAUGGCUUUCCAUCGUGGCUCAACUCCUUACCGGCCGGAAAAAGUAUGGAGUUUGUCUACAUUCAUGCUGCUGAUCCCGCUGCCGUCUCAGUUUCAAGCUACAGUUUGGAAUAAGAAAGUUUAAAAAAAUCAAUUGUGCAGUUUAUACAGAAUGCAGCCCAGAAAAAGUUUUCAUUAUAUUUUCCUUUUCUUUUGGGGAGAGAUAUUCAACUUUACUUGUUGAUUCGGUAUUUGAUUGGGCUAAUAGAUCAUAUUAUGUAAAAUAAGGUUGAAGGUUCGAGGAUGAAAGGAGUGAAGAGACGAUUUAAUAUGAGAGCUCAUCCUCUUUCUCCUCUACUUCCUUAUUUAUAUAGAAAGAUUUGAGAGAGACAGGUAAAGAGUCAGCUGAGAAGUCCAGCAAAAUUGGGUUCUCAAUAUAUUGAAAACAGUCUUUUCUUUCUUUGUUCUUCAAAACAGCCUUGUAUGGCCUUUUGAGUGUUGAGUUGUAAGCUCUUUUCAGCCUUUAAUAUUCCAACAUGAAUAUAGUUUGUGCAACAAUAUAUUCUUCUUUCCCA